UUUCACACACGUUUCUGCUCCGUUUUCGUCCGUCCUCUCUCUCUCUCUCUAAAAUCUUAUUAUUAUUAGUUUCUCGCUCUAAAGUCUAAAAGCUGUGAACUCUUUUCUUUCGGGUGGUAUUCAAAGGAGAAAAACAAGAAGAAGAAGAAGAAUAAGAAAAAGCGGAUUUGGAGGGUACAGAUACAUAUUCAUGGAUGAAUAUUCUGGUAAAAGAGCUGUAGAUGGGAUUGUUGUCCCUAGAAAGGGGUCUGGUCUUGUGCUGAGAGAUAAUGCGAACAAUAGAGAUAAUAAUGCUCAAUUUUGCAACCGAACUGGUUGCAGUGGCAGGCUGAGCUCCACAAGAGGUGCUCAAAAUGGCUGUUCGGAGAAGGCCAAAUCUUCAAGGCCUUUGUUCCGCUCCUCUUCCAGUGGCAAGGAAAUAAUUGGAAGUUCCUCUAGGACAUACUCUGCGAUCAGCAAGGGAAGAAAACCUGUCACUGAACCUCAAAAGAAGCUAUCUUCAAAGUUGGAAUCUGAUUCAUCUGAAACUAGUAGUGUUCAGGAUGAGCCAGAGGUUUCAGAACUCACUCCCCCACCUGGAAAGAUUGAGAGAGGGUCUGAAACUGCAGAGUCUAAGAGUGUCACGUUAAUGGAGACAGGAAGCUCUAGUGUAGCAUCAGAUACAAGAUCUCGGAGGAAUCUUCAUCAAAGCACUGGACUGCGCAACCAAGAUACUCUAGUUGCUUCCCCUAUAUCUAUGGGAUCUAAGAGCUCUGUUCAGGCCACGAGUGCUGGUGCCAGCAGAAUUGGUUUAAGAAAUCUCAGAUGCAAUUCGAUAUCUGAUGUUGUCCCAUCGGGUUGCCCCUCUUCAGAUUCAAGCCUCAGUAAAAAGAAGGAUAUGGUAAAAAGGAGAAAUUCUGAAGGAGAAAGCAGCUCCACUGCUAGAGGGAAGAAGAUGAAUGGGUUGCCGUUGGAAGGAAAGAACUCCAGUUCUAGCCAUGGCAUCUCCAUCUCUGAUUCAAGACGAGCUAGAAAUUUGCCUGCUCAGAGGGAUAAUGGUGUUGCAUCAGUUAGGACUAGGAGAUCAGUUAAUGAUCACUCUAGGGGAAGGCUCUCCAAUCAAGGAAAUGGAAACAGUCUGUCACCAAAUGAGCCCCCUAUUGCAAUCCCUCAAAUGCUUCAGCCUAUCAAUGUGAAUGGUCCUAGUUCAUCACAUCAUCUCUCUGCAGAAACUCCCUUGAGUCGUGCUACAUCUUAUAGUCGACCAGGAAGUCGCAGUGAGAGGUUACGUGGUCUUAUGCCAGCUAAUCCUGCAGAAGUUGGCAUGACACACUCUUUGACAAAUCAGGAUGGCAUCCGGCGCUACAACAUAGAUGGGAUUGCAGAGGUAUUAUUGGCACUCGAGAGGAUCGAACAAGAUGAAGAGCUAACAUAUGAGCAAAUACUUGUUCUGGAGACCAAUUUGUUUCUUAAUGGCCUAUAUGGCCAUGAUCAGCAUAGAGACAUGAGACUGGAUAUUGAUAACAUGUCAUAUGAGGAUCUAUUAGCUUUAGAAGAGAGGAUGGGAACUGUGAGCACAGCACUAACAGAAGAAGCACUGUCAAAUUGCCUGAAGAGAAGCAUCUAUGAGUCUGCAGCUCCAGAGGAUGCAGAUGUGGGCUGUAGUGAGGACAAGGAUGAUGUCAAAUGCUGUAUCUGCCAGGAAGAGUAUGUGGUUGGAGAUGAAGUGGGUAGAUUGCAAUGCAAGCACAGGUAUCAUGUGGUGUGCGUACAAGAUUGGCUGCGGUUGAAGAAUUGGUGCCCCAUAUGCAAAGCAUCGGCGGCAUCCUCACCAUAGUCUUUGCUGUCCUGUUAGUUCAAUUCAUUAAAUCAGUUGCAGGAGACUGACUUUUUUCUUUUGUACAAAAUUAAGUCAUUCUCUUUCAUCUUCAUUGAUCUUUUUUCUUUCUUUCUUUCUUUUUCUUUUUCUUUUCUCUCUCUCUCUCUCUCUCUCUCUCUCUCUCUCUCUAUAAUGUAGAUAUCAUAUCUCUUUCAUCUCAAUUGGCUACUAAUAAACGCAGGCUAAUGGCUUGAUAGGUGAACUUCACAUUGGAAUUGUGAAUGAAGAUACUUCUCUCUCUC